AACCGUGAAUAUUCUUUCAGUAUUUGUGUUUCAGCAAAUGAGUAGUUGCACUGAUCAGCUCCAAACGUGCCUUCAGUCCUGGAAUAAUCGCGACGAAGUUUACUCGAGACUCGACACGUUUCUAGAUGUUGUGCUUGACGAUCGAGAAGUGCACGGAGAGACGAAGCUGAUCAAAAUCAAGUCAACGUUUACAAAGCGAUGUUUCAACAAACUCAAGCUUUUACUGCAGCAGGCAUGGUCAGCUCGUCAGUUCAAGAGAGUCGCAACUAUUCUUCAGAUUUUUCACUUUCUGUCUAAUUGCCAGGGAAGACUUCAUGCUGGUUUUGAUGUGUUUAUCAAACACGGCGUUGUUGAUAUACUGAAAGAUGUGUGGAGUGACGUUGUUGGUGAAUGUGAAAUUGUUGGUGCUAAAGAGGGUCUUUCUGAUGUUGGAUGUGACAUCAUAGACACUCUUACUGGUAUUACUGAUUACUCGAAGAAGGCAAAGCUACUCGUUGUUGAAAAGUUCCUUUUGUCACUUGUGGGGACUGUCCUCAGUAAAUCUGUUGCAAAGAACUUUGAUUUACGGACAAAAAUGUUACACUUUAUUGUUGGUUUAUUGGAACGAUGUGAAGGUUUGCAUGAAAUGACUCGUCUCCUCAAAACUCCAGGGCUACUGGAGCAACUAGCUAAUGUUGCCAUGGCGAUUCCUCAUUUGGGAGACAUCGAGCAUCAGUUGUCAAUGACAGAAAUGCUGCUUCUUAUGACGUUGGAUACACCGAAUAGACGACAGCAAUUGUCUUGUGCGUUUGGUAACAAGAACAUUCAGGCAAAGUUUAUGUCUAUUAGCCUGGACAAUUUAGAAGAGGAUGCACUGAAGUUUCUGUUGUUUCUCAACAAUCAACGACAAGCAGAAACAAGUGUUAUGUCUUAUCCAUGUGUUGAGGCUGCUGUUGCUGAUUGUCAGUUGAAAUGCCCGUAUGUUGACAAGUCGCUGGGGAUCAUUGUGCAUGUGAACAUUGGUUCGAAGAGAAUACUAAUCUUUGUGAAGCCUUCACAGCUGCAUCGAAGUUGGACUCAUGACAGACAAAUGAUGUCAGGUCUUUUGGCGGUCACAACGAUGUCUGUUGGAAAUGGAACAGUGCUGCAGGCAAGAUCAGCGAAAACGUUGUAA